UCUAUUCCCCAGCAGCCGCACCCUACAUCCCCGGCGCUCGCGAUCCACCUCCUACGGAAGCCGAAGCGCAGUCAGAAUCCGGAAGAAAAACAAUCCGGAGGGAGCAGUGCGGCAGAGAUUGGCGACCGAGGGCUGCUUCGGCCCUCCCUAGCUGGAGCGCGGAGACACUAGCCUAGCGGGUCGCCGCGUGGGCAUGAUGUCGGCAGUGAGCCCCCGGAGGCCCAGCCCACGGAAAGGCUUUGUACUCAGCAUGCAUGUAGUGACAUGGAAUGUGGCCUCAGCAUCCCCCACUGUGGACCUCAGUGACCUGCUUCAGCUGAACAACCGAGACCUGAAUCUGGACAUGUAUAUCAUUGGUUUGCAGGAAAUGAAUUCUGGAAUCAUAAGCCUUCUUUCUGAUGCUGCAUUUGAAGACCCGUGGAGCAGUUUCUUCAUGGAUAUGCUCUCCCCUCUGAACUUCGUCAAGAUCUGCCAAGUCCGUAUGCUGGGUCUUCUCUUACUGGUCUUUGUCAAGUAUCAGCAUCUGCCCUACAUCCAGAUCAUCUCUACAAGAUCCACCCCAACCGGCCUCUACGGGUACUGGGGGAACAAAGGGGGAGUCAACGUCUGCCUGAAGCUUUACGGCUACUACGUCAGCAUCGUCAACUGCCACUUGCCGCCCCACAUGGCCAACAAUAACCAGCGGCUGGAGCACUUUGACCGAAUCUUGGAGAGUCAGACUUUUGAGGGAGAUGAUAUCCCCAACAUCCUGGACCAUGACCUCAUUCUGUGGUUUGGAGACAUGAACUUUCGAAUUGAGGACUUUGGGUUGCUCUUUGUUCAGGACUGUGUAACAAGGCAGUACUACCGCGAGCUGUGGGAGAAGGAUCAGCUCUUCAUUGCCAAAAGCCAUGACCCAUUGCUCCGGGAGUUCCAGGAAGGUGCGCUGCUCUUCCCACCCACCUACAAGUUUGAUAGGCACUCCAACAACUAUGACACCAGUGAGAAAAAACGCAAGCCUGCGUGGACUGACCGCAUCUUGUGGAGGUUGAAGCGGCAGCCCCAGGUCAGCCCCUUGGUCUCCAGCCUACCAACCUCCUACUUCUCGCUGACGCUGAAGAGCUACGUCAGCCACAUGAUGUACAGCAUCAGUGACCAUAAGCCUGUCACUGGCACCUUCAGCUUGGAGCUGAACCCGCUGAUGGCUGUCCCUCUGAUCACCAUAAUGCCUGAAUACCUUUGGACGAUGGAGAACGACAUGUUGAUCAGCUAUGCCUCCACCCCAGAGUUCCUCAGCAGCCCCUGGGACUGGAUCGGACUAUACAAGGUGGGAAUGCGCCACAUUAAUGACUAUGUGUCCUAUGUCUGGGUCGGCGACAACCAAGUCUCCUUUGGUAACAACCCAAACCAGGUAUACAUCAACCUCAGCGCUAUCCCUGACACUGAGGACCAGUUUCUUCUCUGUUAUUAUAGCAACAAUCUGCACUCCGUAGUGGGGAUAAGUCAACCCUUCAAGAUCCCGCAUCGAUGCUAUUUGAGAGAUGAUGAAGUGUGUGAGCCUGAGCUCAGAUGGGAGUGAAUGACUCCAGGGCAGAGGCCAGAGCUCUAAGCCAGUUCUCCUCAGCACUGCCAAGAGCCCUGGGUCUGGCCCGGCCCUGAAGAGGUGGCUGAGGAGCCGCCAGCUCCCCACCGCCCAGGGGAGCUCUGCCAGACUCCUCUGCUCUCGCCAGGCCGGAUGAACAACUGGCCCUUUAAUACAGGUUCUUGUUACUGAGAUGUGAUUGAAACAAAGUAGUGUGUCAGUGGUGAAGACUGGGGGACUGCGCACUGCAUAAGGAAAAGAACACUAGCUAGCAUGCCAUUUCUUUAUUCUCCCUUCCCCCACACUUAAACACUCCCUCUCACACCCAAGUAGUUGUGCCAGGCACAUGCCCCAUCUGGCAUAGGCCUGCAUUCCUCUCACACCAUCCUGGGCCUCCAGCUGCCUGGGAGGGGGAGAUGUUCACAUUUGUACAGGUCCCAUAAAUUGGGUGGCACAAACAGCACUGGAUUCCAAAAGUCUUGGCAUUUCAUAGUUUGUCCCCAUGGGGAUGAGCAGAGGCCCUGAGAUUCCUGUUUUCAGCUGAAGCUCUAUGACUGAUCCCUGUUUUCAGCUGAAGCCCUAUACUGUGCCCACCUGUCAUGUGGAAUCUGACCAGGAAGUUCUAGGGUCCCCACCUGCCCUUUACAGAGGGUUGACAGGGUAGAGCCAUAGCUGAAGACCUCCAGGGUCGUCCUUUGGAUCAAGUUCAUCUGCCACCAGUCCUGUCAUGUCAUUGACCUAGAAGUGGGAAGCAGCAGAGGAGCUGGCUCAAGACAUUUUGAAGACCCUAGUGGCAAGCGAAGCCUCAGCAUUCGUCAGGUGCCGUGUGGAUCUUGCUUGUCCCUAUUCCUGCCAAUUCCCUUCUGCCAAGAGUGAUCCAACACCCCUUCUCCCAGAAGACACCUCAGGGAGUCUUUCCCUGUAGUUCUCACAUCCAUCUUGUGACCUGAGACUGAGUCACCCUAGUUACUGUAUGUAGUUCUGUGUUCUAUUCUGGAGCUGCUGCCUGUGAGAAUUAACCCCAGGCUUCUAGUGAGCUAUGGCUGCCUCUGCUGUGUGUUGUUACAUUGGGGGAUAAUUACAAAUGUGGCUUUUA